AUGACAUCUGUAAAGGUAACAGCUUGCAGGAACAAGCCUUUGAUGCUGAUUAUUCACAAAUCUUGGUGUGGAGCUUGUGCAGCACUCAAACCGAAGUUCGCUUCAGCAAAUGAAAUAUCAGAACUUAGCAAUCACUUUGUAAUGGUCAAUUCUGAGGAUGAUGAUGAAACCGAGGAUAAAGCUUAUGCUCCUGAUGGCGUUUACUAUCCUAGGAUUCUCUUUUUAAAUAGUGACGGUGAAGUUUUAGAAAAUAUUUUCAACGAAGGAGGCAACCCUGAAUACAAGUAUUAUUACUCCGAACCAUCCAUGAGUAAGCAGAUUUAA